GCCCCUGUGAUGCUAAUAUUCCCUAUAACCCCAAUAAAACAAUCUCACAGAUCCAUUCCUCCUCAUCGACGAACAAGCAUCCCACGCUUGGUCGAGCUCGCCGCCGGACGCCGCCCACCGUUGUUAGCCCGGCUUGGUUCUUCCUCGGCAAGCAUUGAAGAAGGGUCUGAAGGAAGGGAAGGAAAAUAUUGAUUUCAGUUUUCAUUCAGAGAAAAACCAUGUCAGUGACAGCAGGAGUUAGUGAUACCAUAAUAGCUAUAAGGGAUAAGCUCAGGGGAAAAAUCGGGCAGACAAAAGUUAAGCGGUAUUGGCCGGGUAAAGUUCCUGAAUGGGCUGAUGAUGAUAUUGAAGAAAGCGAUAUUAGGACAGCCAAGGAAGCUGCCUUGGAGAAAGCAUUUCCUAGUCAAGAAGAUUCUGACAUUGUUAAAAAGGAUGAUCCUAGGCUCCGUCGUUUGGCUGAAAGCAGAAUAGAUAAUCGUGAUGAAGUGAGGGCCGAUCAUCGGCGCAUUCGGCAAGCUGAGAUUGUUUCUACAAUUGAAGAGGAAGCAAGGAGACAGGAAGGGUUGGAAUUAGAGGAAGAAGAUGAGGAGGCUUUGGAGGAAAGAAGAAGAAAAAUUAGGGAAAAAUUGCUUCAAAGAGAACAGAAGACACUUCCUCAAGAGGAGGAGGAGGAAGAGGAGGAGGAAGAGGAAGAAGAGGAAUCUGAGUAUGAGACUGACUCAGAGGAGGAACUUGGUGGAAUUGCAAUGGUGAAGCCUGUAUUUGUUCCCAAAUCAGAGAGAGAUACUAUAGCUGAGCGUGAACGUCUUGAAGCUGAAGAGAGGGCCCUUGAGGAGGCUAAGAUAAGGAGAUUGGAGGAAAGGAAAACAGAGACAAAACAGAUUGUUGUUGAGGAGAUCCGGAAAGAUGUAGAAAUCCAGAAGAAUUUGGAGUUGGAAGCAAAUGUUGCUGACAUAGAUACUGAUGAUGAGGUUAAUGAGGCAGAGGAAUACGAGGCUUGGAAAGUGAGAGAGAUUGGUCGGAUCAAGAGAGACAGGGAUGAUCGUGAGGCAAUGUUGAAGGAGAAGGAAGAGAUUGAGAAGGUGAGAAACAUGACAGAAGAAGAGAGGAGGGAGUGGGAAAGGAAGAAUCCAAGGCCAGCUGCACAACCAAAACAGAAGUGGAGGUUCAUGCAGAAAUACUACCACAAGGGUGCCUUCUUUCAGUCCAAUCCUGAUGAUCGAUCUGCAACAGUUGGGGCUGAUUAUAUUUACACUCGUGAUUUCUCUGCCCCAACUGGAGAAGAUAAGAUGGACAAGACAAUCUUACCCAAAGUUAUGCAAGUCAAGCACUUUGGUCGUAGUGGAAGAACUAAGUGGACCCAUUUGGUUAAUGAGGAUACUACUGAUUGGAACAACCCGUGGACGUACAAUGACCCUCUUCGGGCAAAAUACAAUGAGAAGAUGGCAGCAAUGAAUGCAUCUAUAUCAAAACCUAAAGGAAGCAAAAAAUUGAAAGAUUGGGAAUCUCGAUGAAUUUGUACUUUUGAUUUGCUUUAAGUUAUUGUAUUAGACUAACAGAGUAGUAAUAGUGGGCAACUUUUUACCUGAGUCAUAGAAGUUUAGCAUCUUCUAUUGAAUUCGAUGACAUGAGUUUUGUUCAUCUUUCUUCUUUGGCCUGAGUAACAGCCGUUGGUUGUACCACACAUAUGCCUUGUGAUUUUCUAAGUACUGCAGAUGUAUUAUACGCAAUCUUGCAGAAAAUCUAGAAGGGAGCAUCUCAAGGAGUUGUUCCACCAAUAUCUGGACCUACGUUCUUCUGAAACUGAAGGGAUUUAUGAAGCCUAAUUAGUUGCUGAA